AAGAUUCCACCACUGAAUGAAGUUUGCUUCUUUUAGAUUUUCUUUAAUAAUUAGGUCAAAAUAAAAUAAAAAUGUUUCUUACUUCAGAAUAAACGCAUAAGUUAUUUGCAAUAACAGCAUGUAAAUCCAUGAUGAUGCCUUUUAUGUACUCAAUACAAAAGAAAUAAAUAGGAAGUGGGUUUUGAGGAAGUGCCUUGCAAAUCCUUCCGAUGUUGUCAGAUCACUACAUUCAAAAAAUCCUGAGAUCUCUCAUAAGCGGUAUAGCUACGGACAUGAAGUUGUCGUUUUGGUUGCCCCUUCUGCUUAUCUUCUUGUCAAGAGCAGAGAAUAAUGAAAGCUGCACAUUACAGCAGACCAAGAUGAUCUGGCGCAAAGCGGGAGGAUCCUUAAAUCUCUCUUGUACCAUGACCCCAGAAUGCGUAGCAGGCAAAAUUGAGUACAAGUGGUUUGUUUUCAAAGAAGACAGGCAUUUUGCCCUGAAUUCCAACGACAAAUACACCUUGAGUAGAACAAUGUUAACCAUCACGUCACUGAAGGUUGAUGACAGUGGGAUCUACUACUGUGGAACAGGACAAACUAAAUGCUGCAAACCGCUUGUAGGGCUCGGAACGACUCUUGUAGUGACAGGUAAAGCUAGAGUUCUGCUGUUGCUGGCAUUAGUCCUUCUGGCCAUCUUUAACUUUGCCAUAGUAACGUUCAUCAUUCUAAAGAAGUGUUGCUGGAAGAAAACAGCUGCUGUGAAGACAUCUGUACACGACAAGGAGAGCAUAAGGAAAAAAUCUCACUUUCGUAACGUGGUCCAAGAGCUGCACAGCAGAGAGAACCUGAGAAAGAGUAAAAACACAGCCAGACAAAAACCUGCUGAGGUAAGUUGCAACAAGAUUUUACAAAACAAAAGGUUGCAUCAAUUGUCACUGUUGUGCUUUCCCACCAUGCCUUGAAUUUUGUCCUGCAUGUCAUCAUUCAUGUCAUCAUAGCCGAAAAGAGACAUGAACAUUGUUUCUACUGACUGCAUCUACCAAAACGUCUGAACCUCAAGCAAACAGAGUGGACCUCCAUCUGGUAAAUAAAGAGGACUUUGCCAAGAAACAAGACACGAAAUGUGUUUAAUGAAAUGGAGAAGUGAGACAAGAACGUUUGCUGUAUUAGAAUAUGAAAUAAAACCCCAAAAAUAGAUGCAGUGUUACCAUUAAAUCUUUGAUACCAACUCUUUUACAAUCUGAAGUCAUGGGUUGCUUUUACCUGUUGUGUACCAGUUUAUCGGAAAUUUUAAUAUAUCUUCAUAUAUUUUGCUGCACAGACAAUGAAGAAUUUUUCAAUAAUGUAAAAAUUAUGAUAAUGUCGACGAAAAGUGCUGUGUUUUUCAUUGAUUUAUGUCCCAACAAUCUCAUAAAAAGAAUAAAUUAUGGUGACAGCAGACAAAUAUUUAAGUGUAUUUUUAAUCAAAAAAUACAAAAAAGAAAAUACAUUCCCAUUGAUUGGCCCAGAGAGAGCUCUAUUAUUAUAAACAGAAACCAGAGACAAUAGAAGUAUGUAUCAAGUAUAAACAAAUACAUCUUGCAUUUAAAAAUGUAUUGAAAUUCACAUUUUUUCUAUUGGAUUAUGUUAUCCGUCAAACAUAUUUCAGUACACCUUUUAAUAUAUUUUUAAUGUGAGCUGGAUUUAUGCAUAUUUCCAUUUUUAAUGUAAUGUUUUUUAUUUUCCUCGAUCAAUGUGAUAUUCAUUUGUAUUUACAUUUUUUUGUAUUUCUUGUUUUAAUAUUAUCAAUAUGUAAUAUUGAUAAAGUUUUAUUAGAUUAAAUUAUUCUUGUAUAA